AGUGCAAUAGAUAAUAAAGAUAUAAAAAAUCACAACUGACAAUGUCUACGAAGGUGGUGAGCUUGAGACUCGAUCAGAAUUAUUUGACUUGGUACUUUCAACUACUGACAAUUUUUGGAAUGUGGAAUCCUUGGAAAGAGGAUAACGUGGAAAAACGUUUGUACACGUGGUACGCUGUUGGUUUGUUCUGCUUUGCCGGUGUCCCACCGAGUCUCGGUGAAAUAAUUCACGCUUGGAAAAGCAGAAACGUCGUUAUGUUCACCCAACAUUUUACCUUGGUCACAGCCAUGCUCAGUACCAUGGUAAAAAUCGUCAACUUGUGGCGUCGGAGGCCUGAUCUCGAGACCGUUGCCAAUCUCCUUAAUUGGGAAAGACGCCAAGUCUGCAAUCGAAAAUUUGCGAUUUAUCGCGAUCGAGUCAUCAUUUCGACCAUACGAGCUUGUAAGCUUUUUGGAUGGGCGUUCAUCAUCAUGGUUAUUUGGUACUGCUGCUUCAGCUAUGGAAAAGUUGUUGUUUAUAGUAGAGGAGACGCGAAUCAGAUUUCCACGAGUCCUCUGUGGGUUUUUAAUGCAAAUGGUACUCCGUCGUAUUGGCUCAUGUUCGUAACUGACAAAAUAACUAUUUCCUAUUUGGCUGGCUGCACAGCUUUUCACGAUAUUUUUUUCACCGUCUUUCUCAUACACGUCGGUGCACAGUUGGAUCUUCUGAAACAACGUUUGGAAUGGUGUCGGGACGACGUUCGUGACACUAACGGAUUUAAUUUUAUCUCCAAUGACUUCGCGCUGUAUGACCUCAAACUCGAAUGUGUUUGUCGUUCGAUUUCGGAAGAAUCGUCUUUAGAUCCAAUCGUCGAAUUGUAUACGUGCAUUCAACAUCAUCAAAUUAUUCUCAGAUACGCAAAUCUCCUCCAAAGUAUAUUCAACAAUACAUUGUUGCUGCAGUUUGGUACGAGUUUGUUAAUUAUUUCGAUGGCUGGUUUUCAAAUAUUAGGGAAACAAGAAUUGAGUACGAACGAGUUGAUCGACACGAUGAACUUUUUAAUGUGCGCCCUCUUCCAACUUUUCCUCUACUGCUGGUUCGGCACAAUCAUUAUUUCAAAGAGUGAGACUAUUAGCUUGUCCGCUUACUACUCGAAAUGGUACGACACUGAUAUUCGCUUCAAGAAAACACUCAACAUUCUUCUUUUUCGAGGCCAAGUACCCAUCAAAUUCAGAGCUGGUUACAUAUGCGAACUAUCCUCGCAAACUUUCAUGCAAAUCAUAAGCAAAUGUUAUUCGUCAAUGGCACUUUUACAGCAAGUUAACGAUUAA